AUGUUCCAUCUUGCAAGUUCGUUGUAUACACAAUACACCAAACGUGAACAAUAUAACGUAUUAAUAUUGGGAUUGGACAAUGCUGGGAAAACAACCUUCUUAGAGCAUAUGAAGCUCUUAUUCCCAGUAGAGAUUACAGGAGGAGGCAGUUCAACAAUAAAUAGAAAGGAAUCAAGUCCCAUGUCAGACGAUACACGAAGCACCCCGGAGAUUUUGAAAUCUAAGCGAAUAUUGCCAACGGUGGGACAAAACACAACUACUAUUAGAUUCCCCAUUGGAGGAUUAGGUCAUGGAUCUAGUAGUGGGACAGGCGGAGUUAGUAAUAGAAGAUCAAGUGUUGUGGGAGCAGCUAAUAAUAGGAAUAAUAAUCUUGGAGCAGUCCAGAAUAAAGGGAAAUCAAUCAACCUUAAGUUUUGGGAUUUAGGUGGUCAACAACUGUUAAGAUCAAUGUGGUGUCGAUACUAUCGAGAUUGUCAUGGAAUCAUUUUCUUAAUAGACUCAACGGACCAGGAAAGAUUUCAAGAGUGCUAUGACACGUUAAUGGCCAUUGCUCAUGAUGAAAAAUGGCACACCAAUAACACUACCAAUAAUAUUAACAAUAAUAAUAACGAUGAGACACAAGGAUUACAAAGUGAGAUGGAGGAAGAUAUGGUCAACGUUCCCAUACUUGUUUUAGCCAACAAACAAGAUUUACCUCAAGCGGUGGAUUUGGUGAGUUUGAAAACCGGAGUUUUCAUAAGGUUGGUGAGUGAGUUAGAAGCUACCGAUUCCAAACUUUUACCGGUAAGUGUAUUAGAAAACGAAGGCUUGGUGGACUCGCUUGAAUGGUUAGUAACACGUCUUAUGUACAACAAAGGGAAUAAGAAACCAGAAUAUCGGUAA